AUGCAGAAACUUAAGAGGAUAGGCCUAAUCGCGACUACCGAUCCUUCAGUGGGUUCUCAAAGAGCCUUCUGGCAGUUAGAUCCCGGGAUCUAUCUAUUUACUCUGGAUCCGCCUCGCUUUUCAGUCGGUGAUAAUGAGGCAUGGGCUUGUCUUCCAUCAUUAGAUGCUUUUGGAAGAGGGUUCCCCUUUGGCGCUGGGCCCAACACUUCUGGGACCUUUAUACCCUCAUAUUACCCUCCUAUCCCACUUCAGUAUAAGUUUACUGACGGUAUUCGCUAUCCAAUCCGGCCAAGAGCUCCACGACAAGGAGAGGUGUUUUACACGAGGUUCAUUCCCAGCGGUGGUGAGAAUAUAACGUUUCGCGUACCUCUAUUCCUAAUGGAAAGCUUAACGAGCUUAUAUUCCACAACGACGCAGCUAAGUAAACGGAGUGGUCCGAACCUUUGUCUUGACCCUGAACUUAUGAAUGAUUUAAAGUUGCUUCACCGAUGGAUGAACCAGUCUCAAACUCAUACGAGCUUGAGGGAAAAUCUUAAGACAUGUAUGUCAAGCAAAUCAUCUUUUCCUGUACUAGCAUACUGGGGCACGACACCUGUUGGCUUUCUCGAGAUUUUCUGGGUCCUUGAAGAUCGUCAUGGUAGGCUGCGGGGCAAGGUGGAGGACUGGGAUAGGGGCUUCCGGUUCUUCAUUGGAGACGACGACUUCAAUGGCUUGGAUAAUCUGGUACUCUUCCUUAGCUCGGUGGUUCAUUAUUGCUUGUUGUGCGAUCAGAGAACCUCUUCCGUCUUGGUGGAGGUUAAGGCGGACAAUGAAAGGUUCAUCUCGUCCCUACGAGACAUUGGCUUUUUUAGGGAGAGCGAAGUAUAUGUCUCGCAGGAGCAUGCUGUCAUCAUGAAAAUUAAGCGUAGUUUCUGGGUUGCGCCCUAUACCUAG